AUGGCUUCGGUCAUCCAAACAAAGUCAAAUACGACUCAAAAUAUUCGAACAAUAAAUCAAUCUCAUGAUUGGAUCAAGAAAUUCGAACAUUGUUUCUACCAUCCUGAAAUCGAUAACAAUUCGGGAAUCGCAGAAAAAUUUGAAAACAUUUUGAGAUUUCGAUUGUUGUGGACAUUUUCAACGUUGCCGAUAUUCACUUUUGAUGAAAUGAUGAAGGAAAGACUUCCAAACUCAUCAAAAUUCAAGUAUACAACAGAAGUCCCAGAAGAUGGCAUUUUGUAUAGAAUUAUUAGCAGGUGAGCGGGUUUUAGCUCCUUAAGAAAACAAAAAUUUUUUUUCAGAAGUGCUAAUGGCAAUUAUUACCACGCCGUCCCACUUCAUUCCAUCUUCGGUGCCGAACCUUGCUCUCACUUGCGAAACAUUGCAAUUUGUGCUGCAUCUCGAGACAUAAGCUUCCCAAACGAGAAGUUCACCAGCUUCACGUUCUUGAGACCUGGUUUUAUUAUCAGUGUGAAAUGUAUGGCGCGUUGCACGGAAUUUAACAAUGCCCAAAAUGAUUUGAACAAGGAUUUCAAGACAAAUUUGCCGACCACAGUUGCUUUGGAAUAUGAAAUUGUACACCGUGAUAUGCCGUUUUGGACGAGAUUAUUGGUUUUCAAAGUUGGAAGAACGUUAAGAGCGAUUGCUGGAGAACAUCAUUUCCUAGCUUCUCCAUAUGCUAUUAUCAGAUGUUCAACUUUAAGAAACAAUAAAUUGUUGGUUAAUGUUUUUGAUGAGAUGGCUGAGGGUGAUUUUGGAGUGAUUGAUGCUUGUAUUUCUCGUCCGAUUGAUGGAAUUCAGAGGUAUUUCUUCCAAAAAUGAAAAAUAGAGAGGGAGCGGGAGAGGGUGCAGAGAAACAGAGGGACUGUUUAUUUCUUCCAAAAAUCUCAUAAGCAGUCCCAAAAUACUCUGUUUCUCUGCGUCUCUCAUCAAAUCUAUAGCGAGAGAUACUUAAGCAGUCCCAAAGAUAAGCAGACACAAAUUUCUCUGUUUCUCUGCGUCUAUCGUUGAUUUGCACGCAGAGAGAUAAAUAAGCAGUCCCAAAGUGAAAAUACUCUUUGGGACUGCUUAACUAUCGCUCGCUUUAGAUUUUGUGAGAGAGCGCAGAGAAGCAGAGCAUUUUGGGACUGCUUAACUAUCUCUCGCUAUAGAUUUUGUGAGAGAGCGCAGAGAAACAGAGAAUUUUGGGACUGCUUAACUAUCGCUCGCUUUAGAUUUUGUGAGAGAGCGCAGAGAAGCAGAGCAUUUUGGGACUGCUUAUUUUUUUGGGACUGCUUAAUGGGCCUAUGCAGAAUAAUAUUUUGUAAUAAAAAACAUUAAAAACAUAUUUUUGCUAUGCAGAAAAACGUCGAAAAAACAAAAUAUACAGCUUACUAUUUUUGAGUAGAGAAAAUGUGAAAUUGAGAGAGUGCAGACAGUUUUUUGUAUUUUUGUGCGAAAAAUCAAUUUGUCUGUCUGCACUCUCUCAAUUUCACAUUCUCUCUACUCAAAAUAGUAAACUGUAUAUUUUGUUUUUUCGACGUUUUUCUGCAUAGGAAAAAUAUGUUUUUUUAUUACAAAAUAUUAUUUUGCAUAGGCCCAUAACUAUCGCUCGCUAUAGAUUUUAUGAGAGCGCAGAGAAACAGAGAAUUUUGGGACUGUGGUUUCUGGAAAUUUUUGCGCAAAAUAAUAAUAAUUUUUUUCAGAUUUCCGCGAUAUUUUCGCAACAAUAUGACAUAUGAUUUGGACAAAGAAUUCAUCAACGAGUCAAAUAAUUGUCGCAUCAAAUCAGUUCGUUUUCCCAAUUUCGAACCCGCAAUUAUGGACAUUUCUUCGAAAUUCAUGACUUCUGAAGAAUAUUUAGAUGGUUUAAGAACCAGUUUCGAUUUCGAUCAUAUUAUCGAUAAUAUCAAAUUUAUCAAUUGUUCCUUGAAAGUUGCCCGAAUUCGAGACUGUAAUUUGCCUGGAUAUAAUCAAAUUGUUUCCAAUGGAAUUCCGAAUAAUAUCAAGGAAUUUUCUCAAAAUAGUGUUUCUUUUACGAUUGAAUUAUCGCCAGUUUCGGAUGGAAACACAUUUCCAACAGGUAUUUAAUUAUUUUUUUUGGGAAAAAUCGAGGACAUUUUCAGAUGUUCAUUUGAUGGUUUUUGGUGAAAAGGAAACCGUUCCAUGUAAUGUUAGAACUGUUUCACCUGGAACUAAUCAGGAGAGCAUUCUGCUCAAAGUUAUUGCAAAAUCAGAAGAUAUCGAAGGAUUUUUGAUGUUUUUAAAGGAGCAUGAAAGUAGAGAAGAGCCAAUUUAUUGUCGACAAGAAGCUUGUUCGAAAUACGCGCCGUCAAAAUUUCGAUAUGGAUGGGCGUAUAAUCGCGAAACUGUUAGCGGUAGAAAAACACCUGCUCAUCAUGCUCAAUUUUUAUUGGAACAACUGUUUUUCAAUGAGAACCAACAGGGUUUGGAGUAUCGGCCGACACCAAAUCAAUUUGAAAUAAUGGCCGAAGAAUCUCGAGAGAUUUUUAAUAUUCAACCGACUCCAGAUCAAUUAAGAACUAUGAUUGCGGCCGAAAAAAUCGAGAAUCUCUUGGUUAUUGAUACACCAGCGGGUGGCGGAAAAACAACGAGCAUCGCAUUUUGUGCAGCGAUGUUUGCCAGAAAAACACAAUCCGAAAUUAUUGCGGUUUUGACGAGUUCAAAUUCAAAAAUCAUUGAGACAAUCGAAAGUGUUGUUAGAACAGAUGCGGCUGAAAAUUUGAGAAUUAUGAAUAUAACUUCGUCUGAAGCUAGCCAAACAAACUAUGAUUCGAAUGAUGUUUUGAAAUCGGUUAUUAUUGAUGUUGUGGAGAAAGCGAAUCGCUUGCAAUUUCCACCAAGGUCAGAUUUUUUUGGAUAAAUAAAAUUGCACAAAUUGCUUUAGAAGAGCAGGUCUUGCUUUUAUCGAUUUUCAGCUAGAAUUCCAGAUUAUACAGGGUGGAAAUUGAAUUUUUUAUUAUUUUUAAUUCAAAAUUUGGGCACAGCUUCCGCAUCUCCGCUGAAAUUCCAGCUGAAAAUCGAUAAAAUUCUUGGUUUUAUCGAUUUUCAGCUAGAAUUUCAGAUUAUACAGGGUGGAAACUAACUUUUUCAUUUUUAAUUCAAAAUUGGAGCAUAGCUUUCGCAUCUUCGCUGAAAUUCCAAAAUUCCAGCUGAAAAUCGAUAAAAUUCUUGUUUUUAUCGAUUUUCAGCUAGAAUUCCAUUAUUUACAGGGUGGAAACUAACUUUUUUCAUUUUUAAUUCAAAAUUUGGGCAUAGCUUCCGCAUCUCUGCUGAAAUUCCUAAAUUCCAGCUGAAAAUCGAUAAAAUUCUUGGUUUUAUCGAUUUUCAGCUAGAAUUCCAGAUUAUACAGGGUGGAAACUAACUUUUUCAUUUUUAAUUCAAAAUUUGGGCAUAGCUUCCGCAUCUCUGCUGAAAUUCCAGCUGAAAAUCGAUAAAAUUCUUGGUUUUAUCGAUUUUCAGCUAGAAUUCCAGAUUAUACAGGGUGGAAACUAACUUUUUCAUUUUUAAUUCAAAAUUUGGGCAUAGCUUCCGCAUCUCUGCUGAAAUUCCUAAAUUCCAGCUGAAAAUCGAUAAAAUUCUUGGUUUUAUCGAUUUUCAGCUAGAAUUCCAUUAUUUACAGGGUGGAAACUAACUUUUUCAUUUUUAAUUCAAAAUUUGGGCAUAGCUUCCGCAUCUCUGCUGAAAUUCCAGCUGAAAAUCGAUAAAAUUCUUGGUUUUAUCGAUUUUCAGCUAGAAUUCCAGAUUAUACAGGGUGGAAACUAACUUUUUCAUUUUUAAUUCAAAAUUUGGGCAUAGCUUCCGCAUCUCUGCUGAAAUUCCUAAAUUCCAGCUGAAAAUCGAUAAAAUUCUUGGUUUUAUCGAUUUUCAGCUAGAAUUCCAGAUUAUACAGGGUGGAAACUAACUUUUUCAUUUUUAAUUCAAAAUUUGGGCAUAGCUUCCGCAUCUCUGCUGAAAUUCCAGCUGAAAAUCGAUAAAAUUCUUGGUUUUAUCGAUUUUCAGCUAGAAUUCCAGAUUAUACAGGGUGGAAACUAACUUUUUCAUUUUUAAUUCAAAAUUUGGGCAUAGCUUCCGCAUCUCUGCUGAAAUUCCUAAAUUCCAGCUGAAAAUCGAUAAAAUUCUUGGUUUUAUCGAUUUUCAGCUAGAAUUCCAUUAUUUACAGGGUGGAAACUAACUUUUUCAUUUUUAAUUCAAAAUUUGGGCAUAGCUUCCGCAUCUCUGCUGAAAUUCCAGCUGAAAAUCGAUAAAAUUCUUGGUUUUAUCGAUUUUCAGCUAGAAUUCCAGAUUAUACAGGGUGGAAACUAACUUUUUCAUUUUUAAUUCAAAAUUUGGGCAUAGCUUCCGCAUCUCUGCUGAAAUUCCUAAAUUCCAGCUGAAAAUCGAUAAAAUUCUUGGUUUUAUCGAUUUUCAGCUAGAAUUCCAGAUUAUACAGGGUGGAAACUAACUUUUUCAUUUUUAAUUCAAAAUUUGGGCAUAGCUUCCGCAUCUCUGCUGAAAUUCCAGCUGAAAAUCGAUAAAAUUCUUGGUUUUAUCGAUUUUCAGCUAGAAUUCCAGAUUAUACAGGGUGGAAACUAACUUUUUCAUUUUUAAUUCAAAAUUUGGGCAUAGCUUCCGCAUCUCUGCUGAAAUUCCUAAAUUCCAGCUGAAAAUCGAUAAAAUUCUUGGUUUUAUCGAUUUUCAGCUAGAAUUCCAUUAUUUACAGGGUGGAAACUAACUUUUUCAUUUUUAAUUCAAAAUUUGGGCAUAGCUUCCGCAUCUCUGCUGAAAUUCCAGCUGAAAAUCGAUAAAAUUCUUGGUUUUAUCGAUUUUCAGCUAGAAUUCCAGAUUAUACAGGGUGGAAACUAACUUUUUCAUUUUUAAUUCAAAAUUUGGGCAUAGCUUCCGCAUCUCUGCUGAAAUUCCUAAAUUCCAGCUGAAAAUCGAUAAAAUUCUUGGUUUUAUCGAUUUUCAGCUAGAAUUCCAGAUUAUACAGGGUGGAAACUAACUUUUUCAUUUUUAAUUCAAAAUUUGGGCAUAGGAUUUUUUGAACCGGAAAAUUGGUAAAUUUUUUUCAUGGUCUGAAAUUUCGGCCUCUUAUUUACAAUUCUUUGAUUCACACCUUUUAAAAAAUCGUAAAAUUUGAAAAAUUGGAAAAAAAUUCCAAAAAUUUCCCAAAAUUUAGGCAAUAUUGAAAAUUUAACUACUAAAGAUCAUUUUCCGGAAAAUUCGAAAAAUUUCGAAAUUUUCUGCAGAACUCCGAAUAAUCAAUUCAUGUUAAUUGCCGCGUAUGGCUAUGCAAACACCGUGCUCAAAAUCUAUGCCGGUUUAGUUCCAUCAGAAUAUUUGGAUGUCAAUCAUCAAGGAAAUCGAGGAAGCGAUUUGCCAGAAAAUUGGACACCCAUCAAAACAUUGUUCACAGUCGGAUUCUUCUUUUACAAACCCAAUAUUAUUGUUGGAAAUCUAUCAUUGAUGUUUAAAUUGAACAAAUAUAUGAAAUUGAAAAUCAAUACAGUGAUCGUAGAUGAAUGCUCGAAUAUUAGCAUUUAUUCGCUGUUUGAAAGUCUUUUGCCGUUUGGAAAUGUCCAAAAGUAUUUGUUGUUUGGUGAUUCUGCACAACUCGCUGAGCAUUCGGGAGAGAAAUCGUUGCAGACACUUUUGCCGAAUUCGAUUGAAGUUCUACGCACGAAAAAUAUCAGAAUCACUCAUCGAACAACUCAUCGACUUCAGGCUCCAGUUGUUGAAUUUAUAAAUUAUCAUUUUUAUAGCAAUUUUGAGGAAAAAACCAUUUUGCGCACAAUUGCACCGUGAGUUAAAAACUUUUUUUUAACAUCGAAAGAUCAAUUCACGAAAAGUCAAAAUUAGUUUUUCGAGUUUUUCAGCCAAAAAUGAUGACAAAUCGAUAUUUUUUAAGCUUCUGGAGUAAUUUCUGAUUAAAAUUGGCCUUCAGAAGUUUUUGCUGAAAUAAAAAAAUUUUAAAUUUCGAAAAAUAUCAUAAAAUAAAGCGAAAUAGGGUUCUCGAAGCUUAUUUUCAUCAGAAAUCACUCCAGAAGCUUGAAAAAUAUUGAUUUGUCAUCAUUUUUGGCUAAAAAACUCGAAAAAUUAAUUUUUUUUUUGAUUUUUCUAGACCACCGUUGCGAAUCAGCGAUACAAUUGUGAAAAUCGCAUCGUCAUUCAUCACAUUUCACUGCAUUUCACCAAAACAACACGUUGGCGCAAUUAAAAAUGAAGAAAAUCGAGAAGAAGCCAAUGAAAUUUGUGAUUUUGUUGGAAGACAAAUUUUGAAUGGAAUUCAACCAGCUGAUAUUAUGAUUGUCACUUUCUACAAAAAACAGCAAUUUAUGAUCUCAAAAAUGUUGAUGGAAAGAAAAUUGAAUAUUUCAGUUCGAACUGUUCGACAAGCAAUUGGAACCACAUCAAAGGUUAGACUUGAGUAAUGUUGAGCUACAGUACACCUCCACUUAAAAAAAUAAUUUUUUUAAGGUGUACUGUAGCUCAUCUUAAAGGAACGUGCCAAAUUCACCCAAAAAACUCGUUUUGCAGUUGGUUGUUGUAUCAUUGACAAGAAAAUUUGCGGGUCAAGGUGAUUUGGUCGAAAAUCCGAGAGCGAUUCUGACAGCAAUGAGCAGAUCCGAGGGACAUACUGUCGUUUUUGGAGAUGGAUGUUAUAUCCGAAAUUCCGGAAUCUGGAAUAGUAUGAAAGAAUUUACCGGCACUUGGUGA